AUGUAUGGAAUCGACGCUGAUUUUACCAUUUCGGUAAUUGGAGGCCUGCAACAAGAGGAGGACGAGUGCGACUCCGCCAUCCAGCGUCAACAAAACGACGAUGCCUAUCAUAAGACUCAACUCGACGAGUUCAUGAAGUAUUACGAUAUCCUGUUCGGUAGCCUAGGACACGAUGUCGAUAGCUUUCAGAAGACCUGGUGGGCAGUCGUGAGUGAGAUUCUCCCGCUUUUGCCACUGGUACCGGAUAGGGACUGCCAGUGCUGUUCCCAGGCCUAUUGGUUUGCACGAUCAGACUCCUGGAUCAGGGAGAGGGCGGACCUAGCCGCGAAAGCCGAUCAAGAAAGGGCUGAGGAACACGUGGAAAUACUGCGGAAGCUCGGAUAUGAGGAUUUUGAAGAUUUCAAGGACGUCAUUACGGACCAUUUCGAGAAGAGUAUUUUGGGGAUUCUCCGUAAUGACUUCAGGUUGAUGGAGAAGAAUAAAGAGGUCGACAAGUAA